AUGCCCUUUUCAGUGGUCACCGAAGGGGAGGUGGACCCGGUUGUUUCUUUGCCCCAGCGUGAGAGGAACAAGGCGAUGAUAGUGGCAAACGCUCUGCUUCGCCGUCUGUGCCCGCAGUGGGCCCGCAUUACCAUCGGCUGUGGUACGUGGAUGCGCCACGCCGCGGUGGCGAGGCAGGCCACGGCUGGGAAUAAUAGCGAGCAUCGGGGACGCGGCAAGAGCAGCGGGAAAGUUGGUUCCUCACGAAAGGUGCGCAAAGAGCCUUCGGGCGCAGCAAAUGUUGUCGUGGGAAGUGCGGCGGAAGCGGUAGAAGCGGCGGCACCGCCUACACAGCAGCAGCGACACAAGACGGCUGCCACGCAUUCUCCCCGGUCAUCGCUUUGGUCGCCAACAGAGACGGAGUUCGAGGCGUUUGUGGCCAAUCUGAUGUUGUACCGCCGUGAAUCACUGGAGCCUGUGCUGAGCGCUCUCAAGAAGGAGCGCGCUCUUUUUGAGGAGUCCGUGAAGCAGAUGGAGACACAUGUCGCGGAGUUGUACGCUGUGCGUCAGGAGAUACGGGAACUGCUGCAGGAGGGAGCUGCCGUGCAGCGUCGGGCACUAGCAGAGGCACUGCGCGCCGACGUCGUCUCUGAUGAGUCGGCGAAGGCAGAGGAGGAAGAGGAAGACGUAGACGUAGAUGAGAUAUCACUUUGA